UUUGCACCAUGGUCUCCGUGUCAUGGUACGCCUUCAACAUCACCCAGGACUUCUUUGACCCCUACUACCCAGGGAUCAGGUACGAAAUAGGAGAAGGACUUUACAUCGGCUGGUGCUCGGCUGUGCUCGCCAUCGCCGGGGGAGUCUGCCUCACGUGCUCCUGCCAAAUAGGCAGGGAGGAGAAAUACCCGUUGGCUUAUCAAAGCAGGGGAACGGCGUACUCUGGAGCUGCACCCAGCAGAAGCGCCGCAGCCAGCACUUAUGGACGAAACGCUUACGUCUGAGCUGGAAUUUUGUUUUUUUUUUUACCACC